UCAGUUUGGAGAGUGAAGAGUGUAAAUGAUGUGUCUGGGAAAACCUGCAUCGAGACGUCAACACACACACAGACAGAGCUCCUUCCAUCCAGCUGGGUUUCUCGCUGGGAGAUAUGCAGCCCAGUUCAUCGCCAGACAGACGGAUUUUUCUUCACCAACCUCUCCCCUAUUUUCUUUGGAUGUUUCGACCCAAAAACUACUGAGGCAGCUGUGCCGGUGAUCUCGGCUCUGGAGGUGAGAAGGAAACAAGGAGACGAGGGAACAAGGAAAAAGGAGACACACAUUCCAUCACAGCCCCUGUGGAGCUGCAGCAGGGACGAAUCUACCAGCCGUGAUUUCUAAUCGUGGGGAAAGGCAGAGCAGCAAGGAGUACGCAGGAAUGAGUCCUCUGGGAGGUUUCCCCUGGCUUUUGAUAUUCUUCUAUGCAGCAGCUGUGUGUGCAGGUGUGGGUGGUGCAAAGGUGGACAACGUGUCGUCAGAAAUCUGCCUUCAUCCAUGCGACGAGCUGAUGGGUUUGCUCACAGAGAUCUAUGGCCUGCGUAUUGUGACUAGCAGCCUGCUUGAAGAUCUGGAGAGAGUAUCAAAAGAAAAUGAAGAGAUGCGAAUAUUUAUGGCUGAGCUCAACAACAGUCGCAAUGGCAUCAGCAGCAGCAUCAGCAUCAGCAGCAGCAGCAGCAGCAGCAGCAGCAGCAGCAGCAGCAGCAGCAGCAGCAGCAGCAGCAGCAGCAGCAGCAGCAGCAGCAGCAGCAGCAGCAGUAGUCUUAGCAGCAGCAGUCUUAGCAGCAGCAGCGGAAGCAGCAGUAGUCUUAGCAGCAGCAGUGGAAGCAGCAGUAGAGGCAGCAGUGGCAGCAGAGGUGGCGACAACGAUGACCAUGGGAGCAAUGAUGGCCUGGACAAUGACAUUGACAGAGACAGAGACGGGGAGGUGUGGUGCGUGCAGGAUAGACGAGUGUACGAGCAGGGGGAGGACUGGGAAGUCGACAGCUGCACCUCCUGCACCUGUCAGGAUGGAAAGGCGGUGUGUCAGCAGGUGUCAUGUCCACCCGUCUCCUGCAUCAAUCCGUCUUUUAUCGAUGGGAGAUGCUGCCCUGUCUGUCUCGACAAAGAAGAUGGCUGGUCCCCGUGGUCUGAGUGGACCCACUGUUCGGUCACCUGUGGACGUGGAGGUCAGCAGCGAGGCCGAUCUUGCAACGGCAUCAUGCCGUCCUGCAGCGGGCCGUCAGUCCAAACCCGCAGCUGCACGCCGAUGAAGUGUGACCGAAAAGGGCGAGCUGAUGGAAACUGGGGCCUUUGGUCUCCUUGGUCUGCGUGUACAACCACAUGUGGGGAAGGCAACAUCACACGGGUUCGUCUGUGCAACAAUCCACCGCCGCAGAAAGGAGGCAAAGGUUGCCCAGGAAGCACUAAGGAGACACAACCAUGCAACAACACGCUCUGUCCCAUUGCUGGAGGCUGGACAACCUGGACUGAGUGGUCACUCUGUUCAGACUCAUGUGGUGGAGGCCUCAUGAGUCGCCAGCGAGAGUGUUCCAAUCCGGCCCCUCAGAACGGCGGGAAGCCUUGUGCCGGAGAUGCCGUGGACUACGAAGCUUGUAACAAACAGCCAUGCCCAUUAGAUAUGUGCGUGCUUUCAAAUCCAUGUUUUCCUGGAGUGGAAUGUACAUCAAAGAGCGAUGGAUCAUGGGAAUGUGGACGUUGUCCGUUGGGUUUCAGUGGCAACGGCACUCAUUGUGAAGACGAAAAUGAGUGUGAAGUGGAGGGUGUUUGUGUUACAGAAUGCAUAAACACAGACCCUGGAUUCUACUGUCUGCCCUGUCCUCCUCGCUAUAAAGGCACCCAGCCGUAUGGCCUUGGACUGGAGAAAGCCCUGGAAACCAGGCAGGUGUGCGAGCCGUACAAUCCCUGCAAAGACAACACGCACACAUGCCACAGGAAUGCAGAGUGUAUCUACCUUGGCCUGGCUUCUGAGGUCUUGUACAAGUGCAUGUGCGCUGUCGGCUUCGCUGGCGACGGCUUCCUGUGUGGUGAAGACUCUGAUCUGGAUGGCUGGCCCAACAACAGAUUGCCCUGCAAGCAGAACGCCACCUAUCACUGUCAAAAGGAUAAUUGCCCCAUGCUGCCAAACUCUGGACAGGAAGACCUGGACAUGGAUGGACAGGGAGACGCCUGUGAUCCUGAUGACGACAAUGAUGACAUCAUAGAUGAGAGGGACAACUGCCCGCUGGUGUACAACCCUCGGCAGUUCGACUCCGACAGGGACGGGAUUGGAGACCGCUGCGACAACUGUCCGUUUGAAAGCAACCCGCUGCAGACUGACACUGAUGACAAUGGAGAGGGAGACGCCUGCAGCAUCGACAUAGAUGGAGACGAGGUUCUGAAUGAUCAAGACAACUGCCCUUUAGUCUACAACACUGACCAGAGGGACACUGACCUGGAUGGUGUUGGAGAUCAGUGUGACAACUGUCCCCUUCUACACAACCCACUGCAGCUCGACUCUGACAGUGACCUGGUGGGCGACAUGUGCGACAGCAGCGAGGACAUCGACGAGGAUGGCCACCAAAACUCUCUAGACAACUGCCCCUACAUCGCCAACAGCAACCAGGCUGACCAUGACAAUGACGGCAAAGGAGAUGCUUGCGACCAUGACGACGACAACGACGGCAUCCCUGACGACCGGGACAACUGCAGAUUGGUGCCCAACAGGGACCAGCUGGACUCUGACGGCGACAGCAGCGGAGACGCAUGUUUUGAUGACUUUGACAACGACACUAUUCCAGAUGCGCUGGAUCCUUGCCCAUUGAACCAGGAUAUUGGGUCAACAGACUUCAGGAAGUUUCAGGUUGUUUUGUUGGACCCUAAAGGCACCACGCAGUCGGACCCGCUCUGGGUGAUCCGCAGCCAGGGUACAGAGCUGCUGCAGACUGCCAAUUCGGACCCUGGGAUCGCUUUAGGGUUCGACAAGUUCAGCGCAGUGGACUUCAGUGUGACAUUUUAUGUAAAUACCAACCGAGAUGACGACUACGCGGGCAUCGUGUUCGCCUACCAGUCCAGUCGACGCUUCUACGUCGUCAUGUGGAAGCAGGUGUCUCAGGCUUACUGGGAGAAAAGGCCAUCCAAAGCUUUCGGCACCGCUGGAGUCUCAAUCAAACUGGUCAACUCCAGCACGGGGCCGGGCGAGUAUCUCCGCAAUGCUCUGUGGCACACAGGACACACCAGACACCAGGUCAGAACAUUGUGGCACGAUCCCAAUGAAAUCGGCUGGAAGGACUACACAGCCUACAGAAUGCACCUCAUCCACCGACCCAAGACUGGGUUCAUCAGGGUAGUGGUGUAUGAAGGCAGGGAGAUAUUGUCCGACUCGGGGGCUGUUUACGACCACACCCUGGCCGGAGGCAGACUGGGACUAUUUGUCUUUUCUCAGGAACAUGUUCUGUUCUCAGACCUCAGAUAUGAGUGCAGAGAUAACUGAAUUAUUUUCCUGGGAUGUUCAGAAAACUCCAACCACAACCCACCAGAGAUCCACAUUAAUUCCAGAAACCCUUAAUACCACUGAGAGAGAAUGAGAGGAUGCACCAGGCCUUUUUACCCCGCCAAGGCUAUCAAUUAGUGACCAUCAUCUAUAUCAGCUUUUUAUGCAACAGUAUCGAUUUCAAACCGUCUCAUUCGCUGUAUAUUUCUGCUCCGACAGCAUCUCUAAUGACAGUAACUUCUUGUUGCUUUUCAUUUGUGCUUUCCUCAUGGUUGUAAAUAAUUAUUUAUUGCCAGAUGCCAGAUAUGAGAGGGACAGAUGCGAGGAUAAAUUGAUGAUGGAUUAAGUAGAGCAGAUGCCUGGCGGUAACUUAUCAAUAAAAGGCUUUUUUUAAUCAA